AUGUUUGAAAAGCUACAUACAUUUAUCAACGAUCCACAAAUAGGGUUUAUUCCUAGUGGUACAGCUCCGAACUUUGAUGAUGAAGCUGCUGGUGAUUUCGAGGUUGAUUUGCCAGAGCUUUCUUUGAAUUUACUUACCUCAACAUCCGAAAGAUUCACCAAGUUGCAAGGGAGACAUAGCAGUUUCCAAUUCUUAGCUCAGGAGAGAUUGGAUAGUAUGAGGUCACAGUUGAUAGGGGAUAAAACCCUUUUAGCAUUCGGUAAUCUUCUGUUGUUAUCAAAACAGAAGAAUAUAGAGUUUAAUGAACUUUGGACUUAUCCUACAUUGAAUAACGAGCAAUUAGAGAAAUUACAUAAUGGGAUAUUCCCAAAUUCUAAAGUGGUCUACAAGAUUCUUGAAGUUUUUGAUAGUCUACCUUUAGUAAGAAGUGUUUGUAAUGUUGAAACUUUGACUCAGUUGUUUGAAAUCUAUUAUAGUAAGCAAAGGAAGUUGAGUUUCAGCGAAUUAUUAAUGAUGAAUAUGGGACUCAGUUGCUGUAUAUUAUUGAUGCUUAACAAUGUUAUCAAAGGAAAUGAAACGUAUGAACAUUCAAAUGAUGAUCUUGUCUUCUUACAGAGUAGAUUUUUCUCCCAUUCUGUUUAUUACUACGAAAAGAUUAGAUCCAAUGAUGGCUUAAGGACCGUUCAAGGUAUAUUAUUGUUGAUUAUGUUCUUGGAAAAUUCUUGGAUAAGUACACAGAUAACCCAUACUCAACUUUCAAUUGUUAUAAGAUAUGCUCAAGAAAUAGGAAUCAAUAGGAAAUUAGAUAACUCCACUAAUUUUGGAAUUUGGUCAGUAUGUGAAUAUCUCGAUAUCGAAAUAAGUCACCGUUAUGGGAAAAACCCUAUAAUUAACCCUAUGGAUGUUAAACCGGUAAGCGAUUCACAAGUAAAGCAAUUCCUUGAUGUUGAUCCGUUGGAUAUUUCUCAUACCAACAAAAUGGACUAUUUUGCUUAUUUCAUGUAUAACCUAUUUAAAUCACGAUACAAAGCAUAUUUUUUGGUGUUUAGUGUCCAAGCUACUAAAUCAUUCAACCAAUUAUCCAAGAUUGUCAAGGAUUUGAAUUUUGAAAGUGAAAAAAUGAUAUCAAUUAUGGAUGCAAAAUUUAGACCCGUCUUCUACUAUGAUGAAGAAUUUAUAGCCAGGCUAGAGAACAUAUCCAAACACCCCAAUGCCAGAUUAGGUUUUUCUUUUCAAUUCUCUUAUUUCCAUCAUAUCAUGACAAUAAAUCGAUAUUUGGGACAAGUGAAUCACCCUAAAGCCGAACCAUUCCAAAAAUUGAGUUUAGACUGUGCAAGAACCAUACUUUACACCAUGCUUCUGAUUAACAAACAGGAAACCGCCUUCCAUUCCUUGUAUUGGAAACUAAAUUGUUCAUCAGCUGCCUAUUUGACUAUGCUUUCAUUCUUUUGCGAUAAUCCUCAUCGAGUAUCAAUACAAGACUUUGAAUUAUUGGCUGAUGUGUUGGAUAAGGUCUUUUAUUCCAAGGAAGUAGAAUCAGGGUCAAUUAUUAGAGAGUUUUUCUACUAUGUUAUAGGUGGCGUUUGUUUAGAAAUUUGCUUGAAAUUAGUCAAAUCAAAGACUAGUUUCUAUUACACAACUCCAAAAUUAGAAAACCAUUUCUUAAAAUUGCAACAAAUCAUUCCUGAACUUUAUCAAUCCCAAUCCAAUUAUGAGAAUCAAUUAUAUACUACUAAUCUUGAAAGUCUCCACAAAAUCAACACCAACAAUGAAGUGGAAGACUUUUAUACUGAUUUUCUUGAUGUCAAUGCAAUCUUUGAUGAUGUCAUGUGA